AUGCAAACGGCUGCCAUAGCGUGUGAACAUAUCCCCAGCAUCGAGCCCAAAGAAUUUUUAACCCAGCUGCUUCUCGACAACCUCAAGCGGCUAAAUGCCAUCGAUAUAAAGUUCUAUAUUGUCUUAAACAAAAUUGGUGAUAGUGAAGACAAUGUGUAUAACGGAGUAUUCAAUUUCUUGAAAAAUGCCUCGUCUGCCGGCAAAGGAUCAGUUCGCGUGCUGUUCACUGCAACAGAGGGCACCACCAAGAAGCUCAAGCAGCGUGGCCUGAAGUGUUCUACCAUGUCUAUGAACCGGAAUAUUAAAGAUAUCCGCAAGUACAUCGACACGCGGAUGGAUAAGAUGGAUGUUUUCUCCGACACCGAAGACGAUCAAGUCCAAGACCUUCGGAAGACCAUUCAGACCAGGCUUUAUGCACAGACCGGAGGAAACUACUACAUGAUGGAUAAGACUCUCAGCGAGAUCAAUCCGGCUGCGGCCUUCUUCCUCGUCGGGUAUAGAUUGGGAACAAUCUAUCUGGGCAAGGCAAAAUGGGCCAAAGAGGGCAAGCAGGAAGAUGAGGCCAAGAGAUGGCUGCAUAGACUGUCUGAAGUCGUUCCUGAACAAGUACCCGAGAACCAGAUGCGCCUCCCACUGAGUCCCUUUGCUGCCCGAUACUACCACAAUUACGGUAACCUGCAGGCGGCCCGGAGUGCGGCACACAAUACAUUGAGAAUGGCCAUGGAGUUGUUAUCAGAUGGUGACUCGACGAACGACAUCCUUGCCUACAAGAAGAUUCUCUAUGCUGUCAUUCUAUUCGAGGAUGAAAUCAAUGCUGCCACUGCUCUUGCGAUGAUGAAGGUGGAGGCUCCUGAUGGCGUCCUUUCCAUGGACUGCUCCUGCCAUUGUGGCCACCGAUGGAAGGAGGCUGUCAAGGACCGGAGGAUUGUCAAUCACGUCUGCCACGAGAGCCACGGCUAUUUCUAUAUUCCCAAAUGGAACGAGCAGAAGACUAGCCAGGUGCCUGAGACCCUCGUGCCGUGGAAUGGGGAGAUCGUUAAGAUGGAGCGGUGGCGGAAGGAAAUCACUAAGGCCUAUCAUUUGACCAAGUUUUCGUGA